GGAAGGCUUGAAUCGGACAUCGCCAAAACCCUAAACCCAUGAGCAACACAGCAUUUGUUUCGUUUACAGAAUCUGCAUGAUUUCUCAUUCAAUUCAAAUCUAAAAAUGUCCAUUUUCACCUUCAGAAAACAAGUCUGCAAUCGAAUCUUCACCCUCGUCAGAAACGUAUUCAUCUCCAAGCACCGUUUUAUCCCAGUACUUCAGUAUUCAUCAGCUACUGCUCAAAAUUUUGCCCUUUGGAAUCGUGGGAUAACUGAUUUUAACAAGAUUUUUGGGUUCCCCUUUACCACAUUGCGAUUGUUUUCUACACAGAUUGCGUUUGAACCCUCAACGUCUGAUGGGCUUACUGUCGAAGGAAUCCUUGGAAAUCGAUGGACGAUUCUGGACGAGAGCGAGAGUGAUUGGAGGAGCCAUGCUGCUGCAAUUGCCCAAUCCAUUCAUUUGAUCAAGAAGCGUUUACAGUGGAAGAAGCUGAUGAUGAGAUUGGAGUUGUUAUCAGUGGAGUUGAAUAAGGCUGAUUUGUGGGAUGAUCCUGCACAUGCAGGGAAGAUAAGUCGGGAGCAUGGUUCUAUUAUGAGUAAGAUAAAAGAGAUUAACGCAUUUGAGAGAGAAUUGCUUGAGCAUAUCGACAUGAUAAAGCUUGCCAGAGAAGAGAAUGAUACAGAGUUGGAAUCGGAGUCACUAAAUGCUCUACUCACAAUGAGAAGAAAUUCGAGAGAGAAAGAGCUUGAAGCUUUGUUAUCUGGGGAGAACGAUUCUUGCUCUUGUUACAUUGAGGUCCAAGCUGGAGCUGGUGGAACUGAGAGCAUGGACUGGGCAGCAAUGGUCAUGCAGAUGUACAUACUGUGGGCUCAAAGACGUGGUUUCAAGGUUACUGUUAUGGAAGAAAUGCCGGGUGAGAUUGCAGGAAUCAAGCGAGCAACAAUAAAGUUAGAUGGUGAAUAUGCUUUUGGAUAUGCCAAAUCGGAAGUGGGCGUACAUAGAUUGGUUCGCAUCUCUCCUUUUGAUAGUAACAAGCGGCGACAUACUUCGUUUGCUGCUGUAGCUGUCAUUCCAAUAACUGGUGAUGGUUCAACUCACGUUCAAAUUAAUGAAUCAGAUCUACGAAUUGAGCGUUAUCGAUCUGGAGGAGCUGGUGGUCAGAGUGUUAACACCACCGAUAGUGCCGUAAGGAUAGUCCAUAUUCCUACAGGGAUUACAGCAACUUGUCAAAAUGAAAGAUCACAACAUCAAAACAAGGCCGCAGCAAUGGCAGUACUCCAGUCUCGAUUGAAUCAGCUUGAGAUGACACGGCAAGCUCAGAUGAAUGCACAGCAUACGCAGAGUCUAUCUGAUAUAACUUGGGGAAACCAAAUUCGUAGUUAUGUGCUCCAUCCUUAUCAGAUGGUAAAAGAUCUUCGUACCAAUUAUGAGGUUUCAGAUCCUGAUUCGGUGCUUGAGGGAGAUCUCGACAGCUUUAUUUUGAACUAUUUGUCGGCAUCCUUGGACAAUGAUGGAGAUCAGCUGUAAAGUUGUACAACGAUGGAUGCAGAUGAGAUCCAUCCACAAAAGAGAAUAAUAAAUUGUAUUUGCAUUUGCAUUUGCAUCUUUUUGAUGGAAGAUGAUUCAACAUUUGGCUAUUUUAAAGCUGGAGGGGAUGUGGCUAUCAUACCGAAAUGACCAGUUCCAUCAUCUGAACUCUACUCUAGUUAGUGAAAAGCUGCUAUGGGAUUUGUUACUCUGGUGCAAUAACCAUAGCCAUUAAAGUAUUUAUGAUUGUUCAAACUCAGCCAUCUUGUCUCAUAAGACUUUGAUAUGUUAAUUCCUUGGUUCAACCAGCUCCCUUCAUUGUUCUGAAUUCAUUGGCCUAUGAUCUUACUGAACCUUGAUGUGAAGUCGAAGUUGACUAUUAUGUAUGAAAGUUUUGAGAAAUUGAAGUUGUUUUGAACAAAUGUAUAUAUAGCAAGUACUGAAAGGCAAUGAAUAUUGGUAACGAUUUAAUUUUUGGAUUUCAAAUAAUAUUUUUUUCAUUUCUAA